UAGUUCCCAUGCCCCUCAAAAUUAAAUGUUGGCCUGGUCGUUAUCGAGAGAAGUGAUUGCUGCAGAAGGGAAAUGACUUUAUAAGUAUUGUGUAGAUAUCAACUAUGCAAUACAAUGUCAAACACAUCUUAUAAUGAGCUCAGAAGACAUGCAACCUCAACUACUCGCUGACACCAUGCACCAUGUUUUCUAACGAGAGUAACGUGGAGUUGCGAGUUGAUUAAUGGCAUCCCCAUUACCCAUCCGGAAAAAGUUUUACGUUGAUUCUCACGCUCCUCUGCCUUGUUAGAUUUUAAGCGAACAAAAAUGGGUGAUCUUGAGGAAGGUGAGAUCUUGGAAAAAGAGGUCGAUGACAUUUCUGCCGUUUUUUGGCAGUCUGUGGCCCCUCGCGUCUCCACCAACAGACAAGACGAAGAGAACAACCGGGCUUGGCCUAACAAAAGGUCGUUUCUUGCGUUUGAAUAUAAUCAUGGAAUUGGGACUGGCGGUCAAAAGACUGCUUCUCCUGUUCAGUAUGAUAACGAUUUGACGAUAUUGACUGGACUCAAUUUGGCUACAACACCAGAGAUUCGAGAGACAACUCAAGAGACUCAAGACAUAAUUCUAGAGACCCUCGAGAUUCAAGAGACAGAGAUCCAAAAGAAAACCCAAGAGACAAAAGUUUCUCCACAGGGUCUCGUUUCAAUUCCCAAGACGAGAGAUUCCCACCACAUCAUUAUUUUGAAGCCAGGGACAGGGUAAGGCCUAGACGAUACUCAUCUGGCCCAAGAAACGAUGUUGGAUUCCAUAGAAUGAGACAGGAGUUUGCUUCAACUAGGAGUUUACCACAAAGAAGAUAUCAUGCACCAGUCCCACAGUUUACUAAUAGAAGAGACAUUCCUUAUCAACAUAGAUCACCAAGAAAAGGCCAUUUAACAGAGCAAAAUGAAAAAUCUACUGAAUAUGCAAGAGGUUUCCUAGAAAACCCAUCUUCACAAGCAAGUGGAAAAACUGUCGGUAGAACUAAUUCCAAAACUCAUUUGAGGAAGAGGCAAUUAAGUGAUGAGAAAAUUACAAAUGAAGUGUCACACUCAGCUGAAGCUGAUGAAUAUGAUUUAGAUGACUAUCAGUUGCUGUUAGAGCGACAUCGUCUUAUUCAGCAACAGCUUUCAGUGAUUGGACAACAAGAAGAGUACUUAGAAGCACAAGCUUUUGGGUCUGCAAAUUUUGAAGAUGAUGCAGACUUUGUGAUUGUACCUGACCCAAACUGUAUUGAUGAAUCUUCUGAGAUGAAUAAUGAAAAUGUUGAAAAUCCAGAUUCUUGCUUUACAGAAGGUGCAAUCCAGAUGUCACCUGAAAAUAUUCAAAACACCCCUGAAGCCCAAGAGAAAGAAGUGAUAAAUGAUUCUGCAAUCACUGAAAAUCCCUCUAUUGAAUCAAAAGGAGAUGUUGCAUUUUUGAAUCAGCCAAAAAAUACUGACAACAAUAAUGUUGUAGGAAACAAAGAACAAACAGAAAAUAUAGUAUUUGUAGAUAAAGAGUUAGGAGUAGACAAGGUGAGUGACCCACAGCCACAAAAGAAGAAGCGAAACCGUCAAAGGCGACAAAGAAGAAAAAAAUUUAAAAGCAAAAAUCCAAACCUUCAAGUAGUUGCAAAAGAAAGCAAACAGGUUGAAGCAACAAAAAACAAAGUAGAUCACAGCAAAUUACAAGACAAUAUUGAACAAGACAAUGGGUCAACAAGAAAGAAGAGAAAAUUGGAAGAAAAUGAAGAUAAUUACCAAGUAGUGCCCAUGACUUUGGAGGAUGAAUAUGAGAUUGUUGACAGUUGGCUGGAAGAUGCCGAUGAGUUCAAAUCAAUAGCUCUAGUAGAGGCAAGUGAACCACAAAUUGCUGAAGAACCGCCAACGCUUGGAAUUGAUGUCAGUUCCGCUAAUGAGGAAGCCAAUCUUACAUCAAGUGCACUCUCGAUAUCGCCUGCUAGGGAGGUGGACUUAACGAAGCAUGAUUCUCAUGAUGCAGAUGAUUCGUGCAAUGAUGAAUUAGAGGAAUUGGAAGAUGUUGUUGCAUUGAGGCAGCAGCUUCUUCAAUCACUUGUAACAAAAAGGGCACAAAAGGCAAGAGCUGUCAUCUCUGAACAACAAGCUGCUGAUUCGCCGAUUGACGAUUCAAUGUCUCCAUCGCAAGAAAAAGAACAAGAAAAGAGCCAAAGUAGAGUUUCAUUGCAUGCAAGCACAAAACCGAAGCCGCUUUCAGUUGCUGAUAAAAGACCAAGAAAUGACGGCCCACUACGAGAGAGUUUUAUUGCACCCACGAUUCAAGAAAGCAUUGUCAUCCAAAUUGGCCUUGAUUCUGAGUCAGACGAGGAGGACGAUGACAGUACGACAGCUGUUCAUCAUCAAAAUUCUGAUGCGCCAAAGGAAAACCUCUUUGGGGGAGCUAUCAGUGAUUUUCUUAAAGAGGCAAGGCAUGGCCUAACUGGAAAGGCUUGUUCAAAUUCAAGUCCCUUGCCAUCGGAUGAUACUCGGCCUGCCGCAAGCAAAGGUAUCAAAGAGACUCCGUCUAAUCUAAAUGCAGGAGUGGUAGAAAAACUGGGAAAAUGCAUUUCAGAAGCAGUUACAGGGAUCAAGAAAAACAGAGUUGCUGCUGCCAGGGACAAUAAUAUGAUCAAAUUCCUUGCAAAGAAAAUAUCUACGCAAAAAUCAAGAAUUGAGCAACAGGAAUUGAAAUUAAAAAGACUCAGACAGUUACUUGCGACGGGCGAGAAAACGAAGAAAACGCUUGCAACUCAGUGUCUUGAAUUCCAGGAUCAGGUUAAGUCGUUGAGGCAACGAAUCAAAGUUCGGAGUGAAAACAACCUGGAGUUGGAUGAAGAGGUACAGAGAGCAAGAAAUCUGGUAAGUAAAAUCACUGCGAAGGAGCAGCUUGUGAAUACUCCGAAGAGGCUCGGCUCUCCCGCUGCCUCCCCUUCAAAAAGAGACUCAAUGAUAUUAAGGAGCCAUCAAGACUCAAAUUCAGCAUUGGUUGAUCAAAUUUCUAAGACCAUUGCUAAAAUGAAGGUUAUUAUGGCAAGAAAAACAGAGUCUCUUCCCAAAAGUAGUGCAAAGCUGGUUCACGUCACGAGAAGGAGAAGCAAGGAGUCAACGGAGGAGUCAUCAGAGGUCAGUCCCGAAAAAAAUUGGAAAGCCAGGAAGGCCAAUAUACCAGUAGCUGCUAAUACGAAUUUAGAGACAUUUUCUGGAGGUAGAAGUUCUCUGAAAACCGAAAAAGAAAGGCUUCAGAGGCUGGAAAAAGAGUUGCAGAAGAAACUUGAAAGUAUAAAAAAACUGAGUGCCAUUAGGAUGUCUAAAGGAAAGUCAGAGAAGGUUGCUAUAGUUUCAAGCCCAACAAGGGAUAGAAUUGAUGGAAUUAAAAGCAGUCCAAAACCGUUAAUUGAUCUGCCAGGUAGUUCUUUGAAUCAUGCUCUAUCAGGUAGUUCGUCUGAUGUCCCGAAAACUGUACAGCACCCUGGUAACUCUCCAGUAACUGGGAAACUUGGCGUUGGCUCUGGACUCAACAACAACAACGCUGAGAUGAAAAGUGAAAGAGCUCUGCAAAAUGCUUCUACUUUGAGUGAUGUCGGAGAACGGGGAGAGACUGGGAACGAUCUUAUAGAAAAGUCCAAUGUUAGAUUAAGCGUAUUGUUUCAAGAUGGAGAACAGUUGAAAAGGAUCCAACAGGAACUGCUUCAACGGGAGUUUAUUCUUCCGAAUUUCGAGUCGAUUCCGAAGAAACCCAAAGCCUUGAGCACAACACAAAAGAUGUCAGAUCAUUGCACAGGCGUGGAGUUGUCCGGCAGAGUGGGGCAUUCAAAUGAACAAAGUGUAGACACUUCCGAAUCAGAAGAUGCUAGGCCUGCUUUGUGUUAUAUUCCUUAUACUAGUCCAUUGCUGAAUUUCAGAUCUUACAGGCUAAGCCCCUGGUUCAGAAUGAAGGAGAAAAAAGGCGUAGGCUCAAAAACAUACUCACACAAGAUUGAGCCGUUGAGAACUGUUUGUCCGUACGACUGGAGUGGCAAGUGUUUGGAUAAAACAUGCAAUAAACAACACGCAAGCGAAGCUUUUAGCCUAACUGAUGACGAACUCUUGCAGGAUUUGAUUCUCUAUGAGCCGAGAAUAGCAGACAUAAGUGCGAAAGAUUCUUUGAAACUUAAGCGAGAAAAAAUAACUACGUUUGUGAAGAGACUUAGGGAAAAAUACGGAUCUAAAAUGACAAUAGACCAUUUAAUUGUACUGCUGAUUCAUGACAUCAAAGAACUUAGAAAACAGGCGCAGAAUAUAAAAGGAUCGCUACCUUAUAAUGUAAACCUAGUGAAAAGAUCAUUAAAGCGGCCAGUGCAGUCAGAAGAUGACAAUGAAAAUGAAGUGAAGUAUUCAAGCGAAACAUUAACACUGGAGGAGAGGUCAUGGAAAAAAGAGCUAAGUGGAGAUAGGGGAGAAAGCCAAGAGUUGCGAUAUUUCGAAGAAGAUUACGAUAUUCGGCGAACGCUGGAGGCUUUAGUAAAUUCGAAUCCGUCUGAUGUUAAGUCAUGGAUUUUACUUGCAAAGCACAGAACAUCUAAAAAGUACAUGACCUUAUCUGAGCAAGGACAGACAGUAGAGAAUGAAAACCACGCAUUGAAUAUUUUAUCAAAGGCCUUGGAAGCAAAUCCUUACUGUGAGGAUCUAUGGAUGAUAUACCUGGAUAUAUUCUCCAAGCGAAAUAACGUUGUUGAGCUAAGGGAGAUGUUCGUUCAAGCAGUGGACUAUUGCCGCUCGUAUGCAGUAUGGUGGAAGUGUUUACAGCUGGAGAAGAGCUAUGAUGAUAAAAUCGAGAUUUGUCUUGAUAUCCUUGGUUUCUUGUUGGAAAUCGCUGACAAUGGAGAUGCGUUUGAAGUGCGAUCCCAUCAUCUGUUGGAGACAGUAUUAUACAUCCUUAAAUUAGAAACAGAGAGGCAUGAAAAGCAAUCAGCCCUCACUGUGAUACAAUCAGCCUUGGGCUUGGCAAAUGGCUCACAGGAUCUACCAAUCAAUGUACCCAAGAUAUCUAGAGAUCUCUCCCCAUCCGACCUCGUCCUUUUGUGGCUUUGUCAUAUUUCUCUGGUAGCUUUCAGCAAGCUUCCGCAAGCACUGUUUGACCCUUCUGACUGCGGACCGUCAAGGAUAGUGAGCAAGGCUGUGGGACUUUUCGACUGGAAGCCAGGCAAUGUUAGAAAUGAUACACUUCUUCGAAGUCUGUUCAAAGAUGCAUCAAAAGCAUUGGAAGAGCAUCCUGAAUUCAAGGAGUGCCAGGAUCAAAACAUUAUGCAAUUGUAUGCGAACAGCAUCCAGCUGGAAAUCACCUCGGGGCAACAGCAAAAUGCUGUCGACAUUGCUAACCAGCUUUCCAAACGCUUCGCACACCGGCCUUCAUUUUCAUUGAUGUUGCUGGAAACACUGAGGAGGAACUCGGCAGUCCUACAGCAAGGCGUUGUUGCCGAGAUAACCAACCUUGUGCUCCUUCGCAGCGAAGAGUGCAUUCACAAUUAUGCCACAUUUCUAUUGGCUAAGGGAACAGAGCAAAUAGCUGUUCAACUUUUAACAGAUGCGAUAGAACAGAAAUUUGAACUUGAUUCUCGAGGCAAAGAACAGAAGAUCGAGAGCAUUUCUGUUUCAGAAUCAAUCCGCUUGUACCGUCGACUGCUAGGAAUUUCGAACGAACUUGUGACCAACUCAAAGGCGGUUAUAAAGGAUAAAAAGAUAGCUAAAGAAAGCAGGGAAUAUGCCUAUCUUUGGUUGAACUUCUGUUUGCUAUUGGAAUUGACCAAAACUGGAGCCGAUUCCCCGUUGUACACCUCUGGAGCAGAGGAAGCUUUUGAGAUUGCUGUCAAUUCUUAUACAACAAGAGAAAAUCGUGAAAUCUUGUGGCUGGAAUAUCUUCAUUUCAAGCAAAGAGCAUUUACUGGAUCUUCCCUGAACGACGUUGCAAUCAAGUCGCUCUUAGAUUCGGGCAGACAGUGCCUCGCUUGCAUCCCAUCAUCUAAGAGUAUCCCAUACCAUCACAACCUGUUUUGGAAUGAUUAUACUUUUCAUAACAAGGUUAUUGCAAUUUGCCUGCAGUACAUUCGGGAACCAGAUGAAAUUAAAUACUUAAAGGAAGAUUUGAAGAUGAUGCCAACAAAUGCGAAAUUGGCUUUGCGGACGUGUCAAUGUGCCCUUGCAAGUGGGAGCAGCGAAUUGGCGCGAACUGUGUAUGGAUUCAUUCUCAAAUCCUGUCCUCAUUCAUAUUCAAUGUGGAAGAUGGCAUUAUCAGUUGAAUUAAAGAGCAAGAAGAUUAAAGAGGCCCGUUGGUUAUAUGAAGAAGCAACUAAAAUGCUGCCUUUCUCUGCAACCCUUUGGAAAGAUUUUGUUCUUUUUGAAAUCGCACAUGGCCGGGACGCUAGGCAAAUACAGACGAGGAUACUGGAGAUUGCUACAACCGCAACGCCUUCUGGGAUUUUGGUCAUGGAUUACGUCAGAUCAUUACUCAGAUAGCAGGAGCUGUCCGCUCUUUGAUUGCAGAUUAUAAGUAGAAAUGCAUGCAGGCCCCAGGCCUAAGUAAAUCACACAAUCAAUGAAUGGAACUGGAUGCCUUACAUAAAUACAUGCUAUCGCAUGAUUAAAUUCUGCCUAACUCUCCAUUUACAGGCCUUCUACUUCAUUCUUUGACUUUAGCUCUUUCUCAUGGAUAUUUUGUUCUAUCUUUAAGGUUUUCUUUCUAACGACUAUAGUCCGACAUGUCAUAACCAGUCUCCCACCACUCUGCUUUGUCAAAGCCAAUCCAUUUGUUAAAGGAGAAAAACAAACUUGUUUGAAUCAGGUUUACAUUAUUCUAUCUGAAAGGAAAAUUGCCAACGGUCAAUCUGUCCGUGUAUAAAAUAACAUGUUCGACUAUUGUAAUGGUUUUAGUGAUACAUGAUAUAGCCUGUUAUAUUUCGUUGUUAAUAGUCGUCGAAAAAUUUGAAUGUCUCAUGUAGUAUUAUCAUGGCAAAAGUGUCCACUGCCCGCUAGCCGUGUUUAUAGAACUCUUAGACGGUGAACCCUACAACUGGAGUAGGUUCAUUACUUGGAAAUACCUUUAAAGGAGUUGGAAAUACCUUUGAUGGCGAAGAUACCACGCUUUGGCAAGCGUAGGACGCUGCUCAAGAAACAAGCAAUGAAGAAUUAUAGAGAAAGUCGUUGGAUCAAAGAACUUUUACAAACAUUUAUGCAUUUGUACAUAGCUUUGAAUAAUAUUCCAAGAUUUUGUAUUGGUAGUCUUAUCCAUUUGGGUAUACAUUUCGCAAAACCAUACUUCAGCAUACACCGUUUUGAGCCCAUAUUAGAGUCAGAUGCCCACUGAGUUUGGGUGUAGUUGUCUAAAAUUGGUUCAGGGGUUGCUUUUUCAUUUUGCAGACAAAAGCCCAAUAAUUAUUUAAUCAUAAUAUUCUUAGCAACGUUUCCGUUUUAUAUUUUGGAUUAGCUGUAAAAAUUAAUUCUCAGUAACGUUCUGUGUUUAAAUUUUGAUCAAAAUGUACAAAUUACAUGAGCUUGUAAUGGGCAUCGUUUUAUGGUCGUACUAAAUUUACGUAGGCCUAGAAUUUAUAUUUUUUGAUAUUGUUGUAAAUAUCUUAAAGAUUGUUGAAUUGUUAUAUGAAUUGUCACUGAAAUAAA